AUGGGGAUAUCUGAUAUUCCAGACGAUUGGUGCCUGAUCGGCGUUUCAAUGGUUGUCUUCGCAGGGCUUUAUCUCGCCUUCAACCGACCACGGCGUGUGCUUGUUCUGCCAGGCAUAAGUCUUCGAGGCCGGAAAACGUCAACAGCUGCCACACCCCCAAGAUCGAUAUCGCCCGAGAAAAAGUCGUCUGUCAGUACAGGACCAUCAAAGAACUAUGCCGAUGCUUUACCACCUCAACGACGGCAUGUGCUCACUGCUGUUCAAGAAGCCUCGGCCCCACCGAAGAAGGUAGACGAAGCAGAAGUCAAACGGUUCAGCUUGCCGAUGACUAUGGAUUAUCGCACGAGCCGAGUAGAACGAUACACACCCACAGGAUUCUCGACGGAGGAGAUCAAAGCGCUCGGGGACUUUCCAGACUAUGCGAAGCUUUGCGGUGUGCCUUUGCCCCAGCCAUACAAUGAAUUUAGCAUUGAUAAAGCCCGACCGAGGCCCUAUCGUCCUUUCAGAUGGGCAUACCAUCAAACAAUGUCAUUGACAAAGAUGGAAACUGACUGGUGGAUCGAGCUGGAGAACACCUACAAAGCUCGAAUCGCGCAGCGCAAGGCAUUAUACGCGCAGCAUGGAAACUCAGUGCUCGGAUAUCUUCCAGGCUCGGAACUAGCCUGUAAGGAGCUCAUGGAGAUGGUGCUGCAAUUCGUAUGCGCUCGAUAUCCUCAGUAUUUCUCGUUGAGAGACAAUCGAGUCCUGACGAACAAGAUCCUUGACACGGAACAGGAUGUCACGACCAAACAUCCACUCGAGGUUCUGAUGGAUAAUGUGCCUGAGGAUUUUGCAAUUAUGAUGCGUGACGAAGACACCGGCUUCUAUUUUCUUCGCGCGGGAGUCGUCUGCUCUGCGCUGGGAUGGAAUGUGGGCAUGAAAAUUGGUCUUCAGCUCCAUCAGAUCCACGAGCCAAUCCCAGAUUAUAAAGAAAAGAUGCAAUUUUCAAUGGAUCGCUUCUUCACAAAAAUGCCAACGGAUAAGCCGAUUCAAAGAGGAUCCUGGGGCCUCGAAGUGGGACAACAUUUAUAUAUGCCCCCCGGGGAUCCCCACGAAAAGCUUCGCUCAUUUCAAGAUCCCAGCCUUCGCUUAGAAGACUGUAACUUGCGAGUCGACUGGCAGACACUCAGACGUCUGCCUCUUUCAUCGGCCAUUGUUUUCAAUUUCAAGGCUCUCUUUACCCCCGUGUCCGAAUUCAGGGACGAACCUGGAGUACCCGCUCUAGUAGCUAAGGUUCUGAAGGAGGGCAAAGAAAACCUCAUGAAGUAUAAGAACACAUGGCACGUGCAACAUGUCGUGCUUCCAAAGCUUAACGGAUGGGCCAAGGAGCAAGAAGAGCAAGGGGUUGUUCCCAGGGACUGGCAAGUGGCCACAUUGGACGAAAGCCCGUGGUUUAAGAAUUGGGAGGAAAAGUGGCAUCGCCAGCAAGGAUUCUAA